GACUGAGUUUGAAUCUCUCAAACACUUGUAUUAAGUAACGCCAUUCUUUGUAUUUGUACAUUUCAAAAUGUCCUAAAUAAACUCGAAAUGGAAAAAAAUGUGAAAUCCGUAGACUUAUUUAGAAGUUAUGAUAACAUGGAAAAUAAGAGAAUAUUAGAAGAGCGAUUGAGGAAAGCAGCCUGUGUUGGUGAUACAGACGUUGUUCAAGAAUUACUUAAUUUAGGUGUCGAUGUUAAUGCACGACACUCUGUUAAUGGAUGGACUCCUUUACAUUGGGCAUGUAAAAAGGGGUACUUAGAUGUAGCUGCCUUGCUUUUAAAAAAUGGUGCAGAUAAGAAUAUAAGAUCUGAAAUUGGAGAAACUCCAGCAUUUUUGUGCAUCAAUCCACAGAUUUUACAACUUCUAGAUAUGCCUCUAGUUAUGCCAACUGAUUCUCAAAGAGUCCUAAAUGAAUCAGCAGUACAUAAUGUUAUGCCUAAAUAUGUAAAAAGUGAUUAUGUACAUGGAGCUACAGAUUCAGGAAUUCCUAGAGUAAGAAACAAUGGUUUAUACCAAGAUGAAUUAGUAUUAAAGAUUCGUAUUGCUGAUGCCCCUGACCCAGAUUUUAUAGAAAUUGAGUUACCACAAAGUGAUUUGACAUAUCAAGCAUUGAUUUGGAUAUGUUGCCAAGAAUUAAAUGUUGAACCCAACCAAAUUGUAAAAUUAAGAAAACUGCCCAAUACUAGGUUGAGAAAAGAUGAAGAUAUUCAACGACUUCAAAACUUCCAAGAAAUAGAAGUUGUUACAAAUACUGUAAACACAUAUAAGUACAUGCAAAAUACCAAUGGUAUUUCAACAAUGGGACAUUCAGGAGUAGUAGCAAGUCCAGCAAAUGGGUACCAGAGUAUUUCUAAGAAAGAUCAGACUAUUUUAUAUUAAUUAUUGGUAUCAUAUAUCGUUUUUCUUUUUUUCGUAUGUAAUUAAAUGAAGAAAACUAACAUUUAAGUAAAAUACAAUAUAUAUGUAAUUAGGUAUGUCAAAUUUAAAGUGCAAUAAUUAAACUUUUUUAAUAUAACAAAGUACUUAAGGUAAUAAUAAGUAGAAGGAUAAUUUUUUAACCUUGUUUACUAGAUUUAAUAAAGUAAUAAAAAAUAAUUACACUUUUU